GUUCUUGAAUGUUGAGCCAAUCAGUCACCCAUCAACACUGAGGCAUCAAGACCAAAGGACCGAAGAUGUCUGCCUACAUGCAACCGAUGCUGGUCAGCUUCUCAGCGGCCAUUCUUCUCGCUUUGACGUCUCCGGGUGGACUUCCCCAUCGGCCUUCGGGUCAGGUUUCAGCCCAGGCUCCUCCGAGUAACUUCACAACGGAACCCUCGGUGUUACCGGAGGCCGCCCUGGCGACGCCGACCGCGGAAACGGAGGACAAAACUCCAGGCGGCGCCAAUCGUUGCUGGGGCUACUAUGACGUCAUGGGCCAGUGGGACCCACCGUUCAAUUGUAACGCGGGGAUCUACAGCUUUUGUUGUGGUUCCUGCUUCUACCGCUUCUGCUGCCAGUUCAAAAUCCACAGUUUGGAUCAGACUUCCUGUUCAAACUACGACACGCCCGUCUGGGCAAACACCGGGCGACCGGCGGCGCCCGUCACAGAGGUCCACCAGGAGCCGGAUCGCGACCGAACCCACAUGAUCGUGUAUAUUAUCUGCGGCGUGGUGGCCAUCAUGGUGCUCGUCGGAAUUUUCACCAAGUUGGGUCUGGAGAAGAGUCGAGGCGGACAAACGGAUAUGACCAAUUCCAGGACUUUGACAGAGCUGCUGAAGCAGCCAGGCGAGGCGGGGAGUGCGGAUGGAACCGGGAUACACCACCCUAUAGGGACCAACGGCAUCUCGGCCAGGGCGUUACGCUCCAACAACGAUCAUAACCAUUUGAAUAACGCAGCCCUGUCUCCUCUGGGUCCAGCCAUGGCCUUGUCUCACCCGCAUAACAACCUGGGAAUCGGUUUCAACAAGUAUUCCUCACUCAAGGGUGUCGAUACGGCACCCCGAGACUUCUACAAGAGCUACCCGAUGGUGGACUACACCCACCGCCAGUCUCCUCCGACUUUCCAGCCAAUCAACUUCCACCCGAAGGAGAAAUCCUUCCUCCCGCCACCCGACAUCCACGCUCCGCUGGCCAUUACCAUCAACUCCUCCCAGAUCCCCAAGCCCAAGAUCUCCAAAACCAACACCCACCCGCUGACGUCGGGCUCGGCUUUCAAAGCUUGGGACCCCAGCAAGGGCCACGCCCAGCGGCCGGCCGCCUCGCACGUGGUCCUUCAGCCGCCGCAGCAUCACCACGCCAUUCAGCAGCAGCGUCACCAAGCGCUGCACCACCAGCCCAACAGCCGGCGCCAGGCCUACUCCAACAAACGGCAGUUCAGCAUCGAGACGCUGCCCGAGCUCUUCUCCCAGCCGCUGGGUUACGGCCACUCGCCGCACGUGCACCCCAAGCACAAGGGACUGCCGACCAACAGCAAAACAGAGGUCACCGUUUGAACAGCCGAGACGUCCGGAAGGGAAAAAAAAUAAAAUAAAAAAGGCGUGCCCUGAUAUCUUUUAUAUCCGCGGCUUAACUGGAAGAGGGGCGGGCAAAUAUCGUGUAUGAUAAGAAUUUUUUUUUUUUCAAUGACUGCAUUUUCCUUAUCAUCGUCGAGCGCGGGCAAGCCGUGGCGGCCGUGAUGUAAAUAAUCGAUCGGCUUCUCAGGGUGUUGCGGCGUAGCGCUCAAGUCCGCUGCGUCCCACCCGCCUCGAACGCUAGCGACUCGCCGUUGCUCCGCAACGAGGAAAUCACACGCCGAGGCUCUAUUUACCCUGCAUGUGCCAGCUCACUCUACCCAUUUUUUUUUUGUCCUAUCCGAGUCUGCCAGGGCAGUGUUUUGCCCCCCCACUGACCCCCCGCUCGAGACUGUAGCUUCCCAUCACCAGAGACAAUGCCAUCAAGUUGUCAGUUCCCACCACCCUCCGGCCCGAGGUGGAGUCAGAGAUCGGCUUGGCGAUUCGUAGCAGAGAGGAGGGGGGUGAGGCUUAUUUGCUUUAUUCCAGGGGGCAAAUAAAAGGAUGAGAGGGAUUGCAGACCACAACGACGGCACAGACUACUGGUCGAAAACGACCAAGGGUUUACCCGGGAGCGUCAGAGACCACAACGCAAACCCAAACUCAUCACACAACAGCCUCGGAAACCGCACACAAGAACAAGAAAGCUCCGUUGCGGCAGAUUUGCGCAUCCCAGUCAAGCUCCCUCGUGGCGCUGCGAAGAGCAAACAUACUUCAGAACGUUCCCCACAAUGGCUGCAAAAACACAACACCCGUCGAGAUCUUUUUGAAGUCACUUCCCCAGUUUGUCAGCAAAAGAGGUUGAAAAGGGCGAUGUGUUCACACUCGCGUGAAGACGAUAUGCACGCCGGAAUCGAAAAAAAAGCCCUUAUUGUGUGUUUCUACUGCUGCGACUUUAAUUGCCUGUGCAAUGGGAAACUAUUCAAACUUAAUUGCUAAUAUUGACCUUUAACUACACAAAUAAUGGCCGCAGGAGCGAUGACGGGACAACAUUAAUAUUUCAGAGUAUUGGGCAAUUAUUGCUUUGCUGUGCAACAAAACGGUCAAAGUGGCAUUGAAAUAUUUUCCGUCUUAACGGCGCCGUUUGAGUAGACGGCGAGCAGGUGGCAGGAUGGAGAACGCCAGAAAAAUACGCAGUCGAUAUAUAUUUUCUUUUUAAAUGUGUUUAUUUGAAGCCCACAAUGAACAACGAGCACACCCGUCAAAUGAUGUGUGUUGUGCUUUCUCCCCCCCUCCCCCCCCCGCCCACUUUGAGAGUAAAACGGCGCAAAUGACUUUUGCGAUAUAAUCGAUGAUGAUGCAUGUGGAGCAAGCCUCAAUGCAAAACCUUCAAUUUAUCACCUAGCCGGAGGUGUUGUACUGUUUCAAUAAACCACGCGCAUCGCUCAAGAGGAACGGAAUUGUGGUUCGGGGGUGGGGAGGGGGGGGGGGGCAACACACACGUUUCGCAGAAGCCUCUUCAUCAACGCGAUAUGUUAAAAUCACGAGAAGGUUUCGAAAAUAGAUGAGGAAGAAGCCCGCAAACGUGCCCCACCAACUAUCCUCCAUACGUUCAUCCGACGGCGUUGAAUUUAUGAGAAAUGAAAUAAGUCACGAGUUUGUUGUAAUUUCACAAUGACGUGUUAUUUCUUCUUAGAUUUUGAGAUCUCAACUACAGUUGGCGAUGUAUACGUUUGAAUACGGACCCAAUGAAAGACUUAAAUAAGACGACUAUGAAUCCUGGGCAUCCCCUAAAACAAUUCAUUGAUCGAAAAUAAUGACCGGAUUUACGAGAACAGUAAAAUAUGGCAUUUGGACUGCAAAUAAUUUUUUUUUUAACUCUAAAUAAAUAAAUCCUCCAUUUGUGUCGAAGUUAUGGCAACAUUUCUUCUAUAUUCAAUGUCAUUCUAGAAAAAAAGUUCACCAUUUCAUUCGAGUUCAACUCCUGAUUGGAACCUGAUCGUUUGUGGGGCAGCGACGCCUUUCCGGCGCGCAUCGGUUAGCCGCAUUCUGCAAUUUCAUCUCAGUAUGAAGGAGCCGCGAACGUACACAAGUGCGGGAGAGGCGGGGG